AUGGCCACCAUCGACCCAGCAGUCGCCCGCGUGCUCGACCGCCAGAAACCCGGCCACGACAGCGACGACGAAGACGCACUCAUAGCCGAACUCGAGGACGACUCCAACGAGGUCUCUGCUCUCCGCGAAAAGCGUCUCGAGCAGCUACACGCCGAAAUGACGCGCGCCCGCGAGAUGAAAUCCACCGCCCACGGCACCUACCUGGAAAUUAAAUCCGAAAAGGAGUUAAUGGACAUCACCACCUCCACCCACCUCUCCGUCGUGCACUUCAUGAAACCCGACUUCCACCGCUGCGGCAUCAUGGACGCCAAACUCGCCACCCUCGCGGAAAAGCACUUCGACACGCGUUUCGUAAGUAUCAACGUCGAGAACGCGCCGUGGUUGGUCGUGAAGCUGGAGAUCCAGGUGUUGCCGUGCGUGAUUGCGUUUGUGGACGGGGUGGGCGUGGAUCGGGUGAUUGGGUUCGAGGGGGUGGGGAGAAGGGCGGAUGGCAUUACGGCGGGGGAGUUGGAGGGACGGUUGUUGGGGUGUGGGGUGUUGGUGAGGAAGAAGAUGGGGAAGGGGGAGGGGGAGGGGAGGAGGGUGGUGAGGGAGACGGAGGAGGAGGAGGAGGGGUGGGAUGAUGAUGAGUGGGAGUGA